CCCGUCACCCUCCCCGCCGCAUCACCCUUCCGCCGUCGUGACUCCCUCACCGACGCCGCCGCCGUCUCUCUGUCGUCAUCGUCGCGCAGUGCUGGUCACCGCUGUCACCGUCGUCGUCUUCGCGCGGUGCUGCUCGCCGCCGUGACUCCCUCGCCGCCGUUGUGACUCCAUCCCGCCGUCACCGCAAAUCUCCAGUUCAAGCUACCAAAUGUCGUCAGAUGAACAUUUAACGGAGAACAACGAUUCAGACAACGAUCCCGACAAUCCAAUUCAAGAGGGAGGAUGGAAGUGGAAGAGACCUCUAAUGAGAGGUGUUUCUUGUACAAUAGUGACAUACACGAAGGAUUCAACCAUUAUGAAUGGUAUCCGUAGAGUUCUAUCAGAAGAGGGAGAAGUCGCACUUAAGCAAUUUGAGAAAAGCUGCUUUGGAAGAUUUUUAAAGCUACCGGAUUCAAUUAACAAAUGCAAUCAAGCCAUUCAUCACGUCAUAUCACAUCAAAUAAUAUUUGGUGAGGAAGCAGAUAAAACGGCGCUGUGGUUUAGGAUAAACAACCAAAAUUUGAGGUUCAGUCGUUUUGAGUAUGCUUUAGUGACGGGACUCCAAUUUGGAGAAAGUGCUUUUAAUCCCUAUGUUGAGCAUGAAAUACAUGAACACUCAUUAUAUCAUAGGGAGUUAGAUGGAAGGCCAACUACUCCUACAGAGUUGCUUAAGAAAUUCUUAGAAGGUCAUUUGGGUGAUUAUGCUGAAGAUUAUGUGAAAGCAGCGAAGAUAUUGUUUGCUUACUACAUAGUGCUUGGCGAUGAUGGUAGGAGAGCAAUAAAAGAUUGGGUAUGGGCUUUGAUAGAGGAUACAGAAGCUUGGAAUUCAUUUCCAUGGGGAAGCUACUCAUUUCAAAGGCUAAUUUUCUACAUAGACGGUGUGCAACAGACACCCACUAAAGAUUGUGUGCGCGAGCAAUAUCACCUAUAUGGAGCAGCGUCAUCAUUUCUGGCUUGGAUUUAUUGUGCAAUCCUAGAACUGGGGAAGAACUGUGGAGGUAUAGCUUCAAAAUCACGAAUUCCUCGCAUGUUGCGAUUUCUAUAUUCGAGGACAGUGAUAGAUGUUGACAGCAUCACGGGCACUGUAUAUCCGAUAUUAGAACCCACAGAUGAAGAAAAGAAUAAAAAGAGUUGGAAAUCAGUUGAAUCAGAAGGAACUCCCUUCAAGUUGAAGUACAUGGAAUGUAGGGGGAUGCCGAAGAAAUCCAAAAAGGAAGUUGUAUCAAAGAAGCCAGUAAAAUCACAGAAGACAGCUGCAGAUUGUAAUCCUAGGAGUUCUAAUGAGUUAGUGAAUCCUCGCGUGGAGGAAACUCGUCGACAAGCUGGUCUAGAAGAUCCUACAUACAGUUUUACAUAUUCCCAACGUCAAGCAUUUGUUGAAGAGAUAGGGGAAUAUGUAGUACAAAAGCUGAUGGGUCAACAAUUUGCUCAACAAAUAGGGGAUUACACUGUGCGACAAGUAAUGAGUCAGCUUCCUCAGUAUAUGGAUUUCAUGAGGCAUAUUGCUUCCAUUAACAAUCCAGAGGUCCAGAUGGGUGACAAGUCAAAUGCUAGAGAAGUAAGGGAAAAUGUUGGAGUAUCUGCGGGCCAUGGUCCUGAUGCAUUGGUACAGAGUGGGAAUGAAAAGGUUGCAGGUGACAAUGAAGAUCAAAACUCCACUCCAACAGGGAAUGCUUGGAUUUCUCCUUGCCCAAUGCCUUCUCAGCUUUCGUCAAGAUGGGGUACUCAGUAUGAAAGUUAUCCUUACUUUGCUCCUGCUCAGUUCACCCAAGGUGAUGCUAGCCAGAGUUCAAUUCCCUCAAAAGUAGACUACAAGGAGGUUAGAAGGAGGGAGCCUUCGGCUAUUUUGCGUAGUCCAUUCCGCAUUGAUGACAAACGAGGGAAUGACUUUGCAAAGUAUUUGAGAACACGUGGCAAGAGAAAUGUUGGUUUACAAAAUGAUGUGGAUUCUAGCUUUUUUAAGUGUAUAAAAAACAAGUCCACUUUGUUGGAAGACAUCCACAUCGAUGCAUAUCUUGUUGUUCUUCAUGCACAACCGGGAUUAGCGAAGCUGAAUAAAGUGGAUGAAAGGGUCACUAUCACUAGCACUGGUUUCAUGGCUGCCAUUACACAAGCAUGGAAAAAAUAUCACAAGACGGACUGUAAUGAGCAGCUUAAUCCGGAUGUGGAAGAAGUGAUACCUGUUGAGGAUCUAUAUGAGCUGUCAAAAUACGUCACAGGUGACCUGCCAGGUUGGGGUAAGUACAAACCAUGGUACGACUAUGAUGAGUUGAUUAUGGUUUGCGAGCUAGAAAGUCAUUGGGUGACUUGCAGUGUCAAUUUCAUCAAGAGUGCUAUCACUAUAUAUGAUUCUACUCAGCACAAGUUGGAUGAUACUGACUAUGCAGUUAGAAAGACAUUCUUCACUCCAUUGGCACGCAUGCUGCCACAGAUCCUCAAGUACUCUGGAUUCUACGAUGAAAGGAAAGAAGUAAAGCCAAAGUUGACGGAAUGGCACUUUGCAUACCCCGAGAGUGGUAAUGUGUACAAGCAAACAGACAUCAAAAGCGGUGGAGCAUAUGCAUUGAAGUAUGCUGAGAUGAUACUCACGAAGCAACAUCUCCCGUCAUUUGAGAAGAAGGAUGUUGAAAAAUUCCGUGUUGAUGUAGCAGCCACUAUUUACAAGUUUAGCACUGAGGGCUAAAGUGUAGACUAGUUUGUUUGUGGUGUUUUUGUAAUGAAUUUAUGACUUAUGAAAUGUUUUUGUCGACUUUGACUCUUUUUCUCAAGGUUUAUUAGACUAUGAACCUUUUGGUAAUGAAAUCUGCUUACGUCGACGUUCAUCAAACUUUGAAA